CCCCCUUCCACCAGCAGCCCGCCCGCGAAAGCAAGAGCCGCCCGCCCGUGACGUCAUCGCGCUCCGUGAUUGGCCGCCGCUUGGGCAUCGGCCUCCAUUUUGUGCACUGGUUUUUAUUUCGCCUGCGUCACAGGAACGGAGCGUGUGUGUAGAUACAAUGAGCUGCCGUGUAUUCAUUGGUCGAUUAAGCCCUCAUGCCAGAGAGAGAGAUGUGGAGAAAUUCUUCAAAGGAUAUGGGCGAAUAAAAGAAAUUGAUCUGAAAAAUGGGUUUGGGUUCGUGGAAUUUGAGGAUCACAGGGAUGCAGAUGAUGCUGUUUAUGAACUGGAUGGUAAAGAACUGUGUAGUGAAAGAGUUACGGUUGAACAUGCAAGAGCACGACCUAGAGGAGGGCGUGGAGGAGGGCGAUACCAGGGUCGCUUUAGCCCACGGCGCCCACGUAGCGAGGCAAGGAAUGGACCUCCAGUUCGCACAGACAACAGACUGAUAGUUGAGAAUUUGUCUUCAAGAGUUAGUUGGCAGUGGUAUCUUGGAUCUUUAGGAAACUGCAAAAACCUCGGCCUGCCUUUUAUGUAAAAUCUUGUCAGGUGUGCUUGUUUAAUACAAUUACUCAUUCCCACAUUUGCCUUUUAACUGUAUGUGAAAGUAUUCGUAAACAUUUAUUGUAGUGAAACGAGCCUUUAUUGUAGACGUCCUUCAGUUUCCAUUUUUCUGAAGCUGAUGACUUAAUACUUGAUUUGAUUCCACGGUGAGCACCUGCUCCACAAUCCUAUGAAUCUUAAAUAAAGCUGGGUAUUUAAAGGACAUUUCUGCUUUGGAAAUUAUUGCACCCAAUGCCAAUCUUGAUGUCGUUUCGGCCAUAUGCAUGUGCCAACUAGAAAUUGUUGAAUAGUGUCAGGGUUCAACUCUAAUGUAGAUUAGCAUUUUCUUUCUUUAUUAAUGCGACGAAGGUUGGCUGAAGCCAACCUAUUUGAAAUCCUCUAAUAUAGUACUGUUAAGAGCCCAUGACUUCCUUUUUGGAAAUAGUGGUUGGUCGUUUUUAAAUAUUAAGGUCAGUGAGGUUCAUUUGUGCAGACAAUUAGCCAAAGCUAAGCCUGAAUUCUUGACUCCUGGAAGGAAUGGUAGCAAGGAAAAUUGAUACAAAUAUGUACAAUAUUGAACUUAUUAAAUAGUCCAUUUUCAAGAUUUUCAUAAGUACUCUAGCUUCAAGAAUAUUUAACAAUGACUCUGUGAUUUAAGUAAUUUGUCUUUGAAAGCCAUUAGUGUGACAUUUUUGCUUGGUUCUGUGUUGAAUUGUGUACAAACCUUUUAACCAAAUAUUAAAACCUUUAUU